CGGGCAGUGAUUCAGUUAAUGCUUAUGAUUUUUUUAAAGUCAUUGGUAGAGGCUGAUAACUGCUAUAUUGGCUUGGGGACGCCCCGCUCUUCGGCUAUCAUCUCACUUCCCAAGAUCGGCUGUUAGCGCUGAAUCGUUAGCUGCGAGAUGAUCAACCGACCAACCGCCCGACCGGUCGACCUACCGCUUAGCCAGUCUACAUAAAUGAUCUCUCAGCCGGUUUAGCUGCUUUUUGCAUUUUAGUCGCAAAGUGUUAUCGUUGUGUGUCGCACGUAAACAAAAUUUUAUGUGCUAAACAAAAUUUAUUUCACUUUAGUGCGUGACUGUGUUGCUUAGACAGAAAGACAACAUAUUGUGCCGCCGCCAGUAGGCGAUCAACAAGUGCUGUAGUGCGCGUGAAUCGAGGAAGUAAAAAUAUCGAAGAAGUGUGAGAAAUAAAACCACGAAAGUCAUUAAUCAAAACAAUAACAGCGAAUACAAUAAAAAUAAAACAAUACAUAGUAAAACAAUCAAUUAAUUUAACAAAAAAAUAAAGAAAUAAUAACAAACAGGUGCCAAGAUGUCAACGUACGCCAAUCGAAAGCUGAAAUUUAUUUUUAAAUUAAUCACAGUUUUAACUGUACUAGUGCAAGGAACGCUCGGUCAAUCGUUUUUACUCAGUUUGGGACAAAAUCAACGCAACUUCUUUGCGGAGGGCAAUUCACGGGAAGCUUUCUUGAAUACACCUUUAAGUGCUCAUCUGAAUUACACGGAUACAGUUUCGAAUACACAUUUGGAAACACAUGACGAGUUUGAUGACAACAACACAACGAUAAUUGUUAUUAAAAGCACAUUGCGCGAACAAUCCCACGAAUUAUCACAGACUGCCAUGGAUAUCAUAACGAUCGUUUGGUAUGUGGCCACAUUUCUGGCAUUGGCCGCCUUCUUUCUACUAAUGGCUUGCUCAGAAAGACGCUGUACGCAGAAUCGGCGCAAUGUUUUGGACAAUGAAACACCAAUCGCGCCGCCCACACCAUCGCCAUCGUACAGCGAAUUUGCGCCACCCAGCUAUGAGACAGUGAUCAAAAUGCAACACGAUGCCAAAACGAGCGUAUUUGUGAUACCUUUUGCGCCAUUGGAUGUGCCAGGAAGCAAAGACGUUAGCAACAACAGCAAUGGCAGUAGUUUGCAUACGCCGCAGACGCCAACAACACCAGCAAUAAAUUUCUACACGGUGAAUGAGUUGGAAAAAUUCGGAUGUUAGUUUAACAGCUAGGCAACAAGCAGAUAUCUAAAGCAGUUGCCAUUAGAUGAUGAAUGACAUGGAAAAUGCUCGAGUUAAGUGGGCGAUCAUUAUGUAGGCCUUUUGAGUUUGAGCGCAAGGCUAAAUCCUGAUAAAAUAUCUGAAACAUGUCAAAAUGAUCAAUGCCGCGUCGCGGGUUAAGCCAUGCAUUAUUUUUUAUUUAAUUUAGUCAACGCGCUAGGGCGACUGCUUUAGCCCUAGAUAAAAGCUAAUUACCUGUAAACAUGUGUACACAAGUAGUAUAUAUGUACAUGCAUAUGCAUGUUUGCAUAUGUAUGUGGGUAUUUCCAAAGCGAAACGAAGAAAAUUGUCUCAAAUGAACUGUGAUAUAAUGGUAGCUGAAGUUGUAUACGCUUAAAUUUCUUUGCAUGUUUAAGUAGGCUUUGAUGCUUCAUUGCAAGUCAAUAAAGUUAACAGAAAAAAAUAAUAUUACAUAUAAAAUGCAUAUUUUUAUGCAUACGAACGUAGUUAAUACUUUUGUAACUCACCUUGACAAUCGCCAAUGAUUGCCAUGCAAAACGUAGUUAAAUAGUUCUAAAAACAUAAAUCAUUAACCCUUUAACCCUUUUACUGUGUAUACUGCAUAUAUUCUAAUAUAUAAUAAUAUGAAUUGUAUGUAUGUAUGUAUAUAUAUGCUUGUAUGGAAAUAUAAAUUAUAUGUAGUUAUUGUUAGUUCCAUAAAUAUUGUAGAUGUAUAAGCUGAAGACUGAAUUAAUUGCGAGAAUAUGCAAAUCCGAUAUUUUCCAGUGUAAUUAGUCGUAGCUUUAAGUUUUUCUACUAUUCAUGAAAAUUUUGUUUCAAAAAAAGUUAGAACAAAUAACAAACGUUUUAUUAAAUUGUAAAAAAAAAAAUAUUACAAUUAAGCGCACAAAGGGCGAAACAAGUAUUAUGGAAUAGUUUAAGAAAAAGUGGAUAAAUUGAAUUAAAUCAACUGAAAGAAAUAAUAAUAAGAA